UUGCAGCCCCACCUCUCCGGCCCAGACCGGAAAUGAGGUCAGAGAGGGAAACCCGGGCUAGGAGCUUCGGCCCCGAAGGCGGCGCCGGAUGUGGCCUCAUGGAUGAGCUGGUACACGACUUAGCCUCAGCCUUGGAGCAGACCUCUGAGCAGAGUAAGCUUGGUGAGCUAUGGGAGGAGAUGGCCCUGAGCCCCAGGCAGCAGAGGCGGCAGCUUCGGAAGCGCAGAGGCCGGAAGCGCAGGUCUGACUUUUCUCACCUGGCAGAGCACGCCUGCUGCUUCAGUGAGGCCUCAGAGUCCAGUCUGGAUGAGGCCACCAAGGACUGUCGAGAAGUGGCGCCGCUCACCAAUGUCAGUGACUCUGACGACACAGCGGUGGCCAAACGCCACCCCGCCCUCAGUGCCAUCAUCAGGAGUAAGCAACACUCGUGGCACGAAUCUGACUCCUUUACAGAAAAUGCGCCUUGCCGGCCACUCAGGCGCCGGCGGAAGGUGAAGAGAGUGACGUCAGAGGUGGCCGCCAGUCUGCAGCAGAAGCUGAAAGUGUCCGAUUGGAGCUAUGAGAGAGGCUGCAGGUUCAAGUCCGCCAAGAAGCAGCGCCUGUCGCGCUGGAAGGAGAACACUCCCUGGACCUCGUCAGGCCACGGGCUGUGCGAAUCGGCAGAAAGCAGGACUUUCCUAAGCAAAACCGGAAGGAAAGAAAGGAUGGAGUGUGAGGCCGAGGAGCAGAAGCCGGGCUCCGACGAGAACAUGUCAGAAUGUGAAACUAGCAGUGUAUGCAGCAGCAGCGACACAGGGCUCUUCACCAAUGAUGAAGGACGGCAAGGGGAUGAUGAGCAAAGUGAUUGGUUUUAUGAAGGAGAAUGUGUCCCUGGAUUCACCGUCCAUAACCUUCUGCCCAAGUGGACUCCUGAUCACUGCACUGAGGUAGAAAGAAUGGACUCCGGACUGGAUAAACUCUCAGAUCCCACAUUCCUUUUACCUUCCCGGCCAGCUCAAAGAGGAUACCAUGCUCGUCUGAAUCGAUUGCCAGGAGCUACAGCUCGGUGCCUCAGGAAGGGGCGGAGAAGGCUGGCUGGGAAGGAGACCAGCAUAAGCAGCCUGGGGAACGAGAGGAUCAGCCAUGUCAUCAGUGACUCCCUGCAGAAAGAAAAGAAUAAAGCAUUGGCUUCUGAUUUUCCCCACAUUUCUGCUUGUGCACAUGAGUUUAAUCCUCUCUCUCCCCUUUACUCCCUGGAUGUUCUUGCUGACGCUUCUCACCGAAGGUGUUCCCCUGCACACUGCUCUGCCAGCAUUAUGAUCUGCAUAUCAGAGUUGUGUGCCCAGCUGGCUGUGCCACUUGACAAGGAGUUUCAAAGAGCAAGAAGACGACUCAAUUCAUGCUAUUCAUUUUGACCUUUGGAGCCAUAAUAAACAGCCUCAGGUUUUACCCCAGGGCUUGGGGGAAGGAACCUUUUGUUAGUCCUCUCUGUCUGGGCUGCUGUGACACACAGCAGCCCCCACUCGACCCUUUAGUGCCUUGGUUUCAGCCGUGCGCAAGGAAGGGUUUUGCUGUAAUGGUGUCCAUAUAGAUCCUCAGGCUGUCUGUGCCUGUUGGAACCUCCUGUCGUACAGCACACGUUUCUUGACCCUUCUGCUUCUCUCGAAGGGGCUUAUUUACAGGGGCUCUUGGAUGGCUGCCUGUGUGGAGUAUGAAAGCACUUUUUGUCUGUCCUUCCAUUAAUAAUAUACAUCUUCCCAGUGGAUGCCAAGCAGUUCUGCUCCUGUGGGUGCCAUCCUGCCUUGACUUCACCAAGGGAGGAAUUUAAAGGUCGUUUUAAACUGUGAUCCCUUUGCCCCGGGCUGCGAAGGGUGAGGUUUAAGGAGGAGGCCAUCAGGGAGUGGUCAGGGUCUCUUCUUGCUGGUUGAGCGCUUGCCCCUUGUGUAACUGUGAAGUGUGUUUCUCCUCUCGUGUCACGGGCCUGUGUAGGUCGGGGUGGAAGGUCUUUCCCUCACUGGGUGGUUAAUAAAUGCCAGGACCCUGAAGAUACAAUCCCAGAUAAGGCAGGGUUCUUUCUGCUUCUCAACAUGUAAUCUUCCUCUCCCUCACUUGACCAGUGCGUGACUCAUUCCUUGAUUACAGUGCAUUGUCUCAAAGUAUUCGCUCUGUUUAUGAAUCGGGCUUCCCGCCAUUCUGUGAGCUGUUAGGAACAGACUCAUGGCACAGUCACCAUGGCUCUGCUCUAUGUGCCUCAAGCAUAAGGGUUUAUACAGGACAAGUCUUCAUGAAUUUUUGUUGAAAAAAAUUGAGGUGAAUGGAUUUGUAAUUAAGGAGAAUAAUUAGGAUAUGUGCUAUGAAUGACCUUUGGUCCUUACCAACAUCCAUUUUUCCCUCAGGUAUUACAUAAGGAGAAAAUAUAGCAAAUAAAUACCUUUUUGUUGUUGUUUUAAGCACCAAAAAGGAAUUUUUUUCAUAGCUUUUAAAAACAAGCUGUUUUGAAGGUGAACUAUUCCUUAGAUUAGCUUGCCAUUGGCAGACAAAGACUGCUUUUGCUCCCUCUGAGUGACUUUCAGUAUCUUUGUUCUAAACCAGAAGCAGCCACUUGAGUUAUUUUUUUUUUGCCAGCACUGGUUCUAUUAAACAUGCAUGUAUUUCUCUCAAAGUAGUUUUUCCCCUAAAAGUACAUUCCUGCCCCUGGGACAUAGUAAUCCGCCCAGUUUCCUAAGUAACAGCACAGUUUGGGCAGCUCACCUGAUCCUUCAUUCUCUGCAGUAAAAAGAAAGUAGAAAUGUAGUGUUUACAGGAGGAUAUAAAAGAGUUCUCUUUUCAUUAAUUGUUAAUCUUCACCCAUUCACCUUCACGGAGAAGAAUUCAGUGGCUGCUUAUGAAGGAAUAUAUUUUUAAAGUGUAUUAUUAUUAAUAAUUGUUUCCCUUCCCUACUCCUUCCCUUCUUUAAGUAAGUGUGUGUGU